AUGCACUUCGUAGCAGCACCGCCGCUCCUCCGCUCCCUCCGCCUCCUCCCCGCCACUCGCACGUGCUCCCCUCUCCUCCUCGCACGUGCCAUCAACACCACCACCGGCGACGCCGCGGGGGCAGGCGACCCCGAGGUGCACAGCGGGGACCCGCCCGAGGACGACUAUCCUAAGCGGGCCCCCAAAUUCUCCGGAGCUGAACAAAAGCUAACUAAUCAUGACAAGAACAAGAACGACAAAGAAGCAGUUGCCCAAGCGACACUGCCACCCCUAAAGGGUGAAACCGCCAAGAUCCCGCCGCCAUUCACGCCGCUGCCCAAGCUCGAGUCCCGCGAGGUGCCGCCGCCCGGUGCGCCCUCACUGCAACAGACGCGGCGGCGGUGGCAGAGAUGUGGGUCCUAUCACUCCGCUGCCUUUAUAACUGCACCUGAAGCCUCUGGCGUGGGGGUGGAUGGCACGGCACUGAGACACGGCCGAGCGGGAGGAGGAGGGAAAGAAGAGGAGGAAGCGGCGGUGGCGGAGCUGAGGGAGUACUACAAAUCCCACAAGCCGUCGCCGUUGUCGGGGGUGGAGGUGGCGGACACGCGGAAGCCGAUAACGCAGGCAGCGUCGAACGGUCCCGGAGGCGAGGGGAGAGGGGUGAUGGCGGACGAGACCAUCGACGACGCCCUCGGGCGGGCUGAGAGGAUGUUCAGGGCGGCAGCGGAGAGGGGGAACCCCGCGUGGCCGCAUUCGCGGGCCCUCGUGAGGGUGCUGAGCAGGAGGGGGAUGGCAGCGACCGCAAUCUCUGCAUAACUUUUCUUUUCUUUCAUCUUUUGAAUUCUAUUACUGUAUUUUGAAAGUGGACGUAAAUCUUAUAUCCUAUGUCUGAAAGUCAAUAUUUUUAUGUUGAA